UUCACAAUCCAGUGUUCUAUCUUUCUGUGAAAAUUAAUUCGUGAGCCUUGCUGUCAAUUAUUCUUCGUCAAUUUGAAUUUUAUAUAUUUGUGUACACAAUUUUCAAUUCAUCAUGGCAAAACCAGUACUUACGUUCACCAUCCAUUAUCUAAUAGUGGUAGUCAUAGUAAUUUGCACAACUCUCGCGGACUAUCAAGAAAAAGAUCAUAGUUCGAAGGACAAACGUGCAUCAAAUAAUGGUUCGCAUGCGGAAAAUCACACAAUUGCCAACAAAAACGGAUUGCUUAGUGUUGCCAAAAACAAUUUCUCGAGUAAUAAUAGUGAUGUCUUCAAUGACACUAAGGUUACCAAAGAUAAGAAUGGCGCCCAUAUAAAUAAAAUCGCAGGAGAUACUUUCUCUAAUGAGAGCGUUUCAAACCAGACAAAAUUAGUCAAGAAUAAGGAUGGCAGCACUAUCAUCGAAGGAAACGUUAAGACAGUAGAUACGAACCAGACUGACGUUACCAAGACAGAAAAAAUUCUGAAUGCAGAUGGUGGGAUCACUGAUAAAGAAACUAAGAUUAAUAAAUCCAAAAACAGGACAACUGAUGACCAGACUCACCUUAUUCAAAAUAAGGAUGGUACCGCCACUGUUGAGAGUGUCAUCACCGUCACCGACGACAACACGACUACCGUCAACCAGACUGGUGUAACAAAUAACAAAUAUUGUUCCUCGACUAUGGAUCCUCAUAUUACAGUUGAACAUGAUAAGAAGACCACUGUUUACAAGACGGACGUCACCAAGAACAAAGAUGGAACUACAACUGUUGAAGAGUUUGUUAUCAUUACGACUAAAUAUAGCAAAAUUGUUCAUCAUAUUGUCAAACGCAAAUACGCCAAUGGAUACAUUAAAGUUUUAGCAGAUACUGUCACUAGGAAUGGUAUUACCUACCACUGCUUCAUGAAAUUCUCAGGACCGUUACGAGAUGCUUGUAAUAAACAUGUUCCUAUUUAAUUUAUUCGAAGUCAAAAUUUUGAUAAAGUGUAAC